GGAGACUCAGUAAUCAACACCGGUCAGGAAACCAGAAGGAAGACGGAAGAGAAGCUAAAUAAACUCAAAGCGUCGCGUCAGUUUCUCCUGAAGCUUCAGAGAUGCGAUGUUUCUGCGUCACGUCGCCGCGGCGGCGCUGGACGAGGUGAACGUGGUGUUGACCGGAGUCUGGAGAUGCGUGGACGUCUGCUGCCUCCUGCUCAUCGCCACGUUGGGCCGGCUGCUUCACUUCCUGUCCGGCGUCUGCGUUUCGCUCCGCGGCAGCAUGGUCGGCCGGAGCGGCUCCACUCUGGUUGAAUACUGGAACUUUGCUCUUUUCUCCUUCCUCACCGCCACCGAGGCCGUCUCCUGCGCCGCCCACGGAGCCCUGCACGCCAUGGAGGACUGGCUGCAGAUGCUGGGAGGAGUGUUGGAGAGUUUCAAGAUGGUGGGACACCUCUUUUGUCACAUGGCGUGGCGCAUGAAGGACAUGCUGCAGCGAGGGUUCACGUUGGCGUGCUGCAUCCUGCGACAGACCUGCGAGGGCGUCCUCAUUGCCCUCAGCCUCAUCCUUUACUUUGUCAACACGGUGGUCAACGUCAUGCUCAUCAGCACGCAGAACUGCCUGUCUGUGCUGGCCGGCGUCUGGGAGGCGGUGGCCGGCCCCGUCCACAAGGUGGUGGACCUGGCGCUGACCCUGCUGACCUUCCUGUACAGCUGUCUGGUGGGCGCCUCCGUGCUGCUGUGGACGCCGUGCCAGCUGCUGCUGGACUUCCUCGAGGCGCUGGGCCGUGUCUUCGUCACGGUCUUCGUGGUCGACUCUCACGGGCUGCUCGCCACAGUUGCCAUUAUCUCACUGACUUUGCUGGUGUUGAACCCCAGACUUCCUGUGCUCGCUGGUCAGCUGAGCCUCCGCUUGGUCAACGCUCUGCCGGGAGUUCAUGGCGUCCAGGCGGCCAUGUGCCGGCUGUACGCAGCGAUGGUGGAGCCCGCUCGGGCCCAGCGCGCCGCCCGCACCGGGACAGCAGAGGACCGGACUCGAACCAGGCUCUUGAACACAGACGCAGGUGGUUUAACCUCACAGGACCGAGCGCCUCGAGGAAACGCCCUGAGUCAGCCGGACGCGGCGCCGCACCUCGCUCGGCAGGACGGCGAGCCGGCGUGCGGCGGCAGGACGAGGACGUCUCAGUCGAACUCAGCUGCGGAGGACGGGGAGCUGCUGCACCUGCUGAACGAGCAGGAGGAGAGGAAGAAGUGUGUCAUCUGCCACGACUUCAACAAGACGGUGCUGCUGCUGCCCUGCCGACACCUCUGCCUCUGCCGCCACUGCGCCGACAUCCUGACAGAGCGCCGCCCCGUGCCGCAGCGCUGCUGCCCGCUCUGCCGGCAGAGCAUCACACAGACGCUAGACGUCUUCCUCUGACGCGUCGCCCUGAACAGGAAACUGCAGCCGCGGAGAGAACAGCAGAUUCAUGUUCAUUCUCCUGAACGUCCUGUUUUUAGUGAGUUUCUUUUCUCCUUGAAGGUGAAUUUGAAACUUGAAUUUGUAAAUUCUGGAUUCAUGAAACUGUGACCGACUGUUUUGAGAUUUCAGAAACAGUAGAAUUCAUGUUCAGUGACGCUUCAACGAUCAUCUGUGAAACGACUGUUUAUCUUCAGCUGUGAGAAACCAGAACGUGAAGUGUUAAAGUUCACAUCAGUCAUUCAAUCACAAAUAAAGUUUUCUCAGUGGA